AUGGCCAACCUGCGCAAAACACACCCCCUACUUAAAAUUGCUAACGACGCCCUCGUCGACCUCCCAGCCCCCUCUAACAUCUCAGUCUGAUGAAACUUUGGCUCCCUACUCGGAUUAUGCUUAAUAGCCCAGAUUCUUACAGGCCUCUUCCUGGCUAUACACUACACCUCAGACAUCGCUACCGCUUUCUCCUCAGUCACCCACAUCUGCCGCGACGUGAAUUACGGCUGAUUUAUUCGGAACAUGCAUGCCAACGGCGCAUCAUUUUUCUUUAUCUGCCUUUACCUCCACAUCGCACGAGGCCUUUACUAUGGCUCCUACCUUUAUAAGGAAACCUGAAACAUUGGCGUAGUACUUCUACUCCUUGUUAUAGCAACCGCCUUCGUCGGGUACGUCUUACCCUGAGGACAAAUAUCAUUCUGAGGCGCUACAGUCAUUACAAACCUGAUAUCAGCAGUACCUUACGUAGGCAAUGAUCUAGUACAAUGAAUUUGAGGUGGCUUCUCAGUAGACAAUGCCACCCUUACCCGGUUCUUUGCCUUCCACUUCCUACUACCUUUCAUUGUAGCAGCAGCCACCCUUGUCCACCUCCUAUUCCUUCACGAGACGGGCUCAAACAACCCUGCCGGACUAAACUCAGACGCCGACAAAAUCUCCUUCCACCCAUACUUCUCCUACAAAGACUUACUAGGAUUCGCAGCCCUUAUUAUUGCUCUGACCUCAUUAGCCCUUUUCUCCCCAAACUUGCUAGGAGACCCAGACAACUUCACCCCUGCAAACCCCUUAGUUACACCCCCACACAUUAAACCCGAAUGAUACUUCUUAUUUGCCUAUGCCAUCCUUCGAUCCAUCCCCAACAAACUAGGGGGGGUAUUAGCUCUCUUAUUCUCAAUCCUUGUUCUGAUACUUGUACCCCUACUACACACCUCAAAGCAACGAGGACUUACCUUUCGACCUCUCAGCCAACUACUUUUUUGAGCCUUAGUGGCAGACAUGCUAAUUCUGACAUGAAUUGGAGGCAUGCCUGUAGAAACCCCCUACAUUAUUAUUGGCCAAAUUGCCUCCAUUAUUUAUUUCCUUAUUUUCCUAGUAUUAGCCCCUGUAGCAGGCUGAACAGAAAAUAAAAUACUCAAAUGAGCCU